CUAUAUUCACUUUUCAAAACCUGCCCGCCAUCUUGCGUAUGUACGUUUAGGACAUGUAAACGUUUGUUUACGGAAUAUAGAUAUUGCGAAUAAUUAUUUAGUCUUUGGAUAUAGCAUUCUUCACUUCCGGAAACCCACCUUAAUAUAAAGGAUGGACUCUCGUUUUGCUCACCUGUACAAGCGGGACAGCAGUGUGUCUAUGAUCCGGCUGAAGAUGUCCAGACGUCGGUCUCAAUCUCAGAAAGAGAACCGAGAGAAGAUCCAAAACCUGCACAGGCACCUCGACCAGCUGCCGGAGAUCGAGCUCUCAAUGGAUGCGUCCAGCAUCAUGGCCACCCAAGACAAAGCACCCAAAACGAAUACAGCUAAUGAUGCAAAUGCUGCGGCUGAGGAGAGGAAAAAGAUGCUCGCUCGCUACAAAGAAAACAAGAUGUUGCAGAAAGAGAAGGAAAAGCGUGAGAAAGAAAAGAAAGGCGUGUUUAAGGUCGGCCUGUAUAAGCCUCAGCCGCUUGGGUAUCUGCCUUCCAACACUGCUGGACCAGGCAGAGGCAAGAUCACAGAAACUAACCAGUCCACACGAGUGACCCGCUCAAUGAUGCAAAAUCAAAAGCCUGCAGUAGAAAGACAUGCUGUUCCAAAGAAAGUUGAGACCGUAUCGACCACCAGGGCUCCAGCCAAGAACAAUUCCAAAGCUCUGACUACCACUAAAACCAGAGCAGCUACAGUUGAACCAUCUGUGAGAGCUCCAACCACACGAUCAGCUGCUAAAAUGACAUCGGUAGCUGUGGUUAAACCAGUUGCUGAUUCAAGGACUACAAAAACGAGAUCAACUGUUAAAUGUCCUGCAGUGCCCUCUUCUGGCAGAGGAAAAGCCAUACAAGGCAACACAAAGACAAAUGUUGAAAAUAAGCCAGCUGAGAAAAAGGACACUGCUGUUAAUUCUGUGGUUCCUGAAGAAGAGGAACCCAAAGCUGCUCCCCCCUCAUUUGCUCCUCAGGGAUUCGUGUUCCAGCCUCCUGUUGGUCUUAGUUCGUUUGAGCCUGCACCCCUCUCUCCACGUUCAGCCAGUGCCUUCCUCUCACCAAGCAUUCUUUCUGAAGCCAGCGUGGAGCCCACCUUCCCCUCUCCCCCAAAACCUGUUGACCCUGCUUCUUCACUCUCAUCCCCUCCACCUUCUCUGUCAACCCCUCCACCAGAUCUUCCCACAAACCCUCCCUCAGUUUCCUCACCUCCUCCUGCCCCAUCAUCCCCUUUGCCGUCCACCUCUGCAGCACCACCCCCUCCUUCAUCCCCCUUGGAGCCUCAGCAUGAUGUUGCCUAUUUUCAGGUGAGGGCAGCGAUGGCCAGCGAGACUGAGCGUUUGACUGGACUUUCUGAGCUGUGGGAAUCCCGAUUUGAUGAUGCCUCUAUCCCGGAAGAGAUGCGAGACCGGAUGCGCACGGCUGUAGGCCAAGCAAGACUGUUGAUGAAAGAGCGCUUCAGCCAGUUCAACGGGCUGGUGGAUGACUGCGACUUGGGGCGUGGAGAGAAAAUAACAACCUGUACUGACUUGCAGGGCUUCUGGGACAUGGUGUACUUUCAGGUGGAAGAUGUUAACAAGAAGUUUAAUGCCUUGAAAGAGGCGGAAGCAAAGGAUUGGAAUGAGGAAGUCAAGCCUGUUGCCAGAAAAAGAGUGGCCAAAAAGCCUCCUGCUGUAGGAGGGAAGGCCGGAGCAGGUGGAGGUGCCAGUGCUGCAGCAAAGAGUCGACUGGCUGCUGUGAAGGCUGCUAUGAGAGCCAAGCAGACUGAACAGAAAGCCGUUGAGAAAGACAACAUCCAGGAAGAUGCAGGCCCUGCCACCAUACUGCCUGCACAGACUGUGGUGUUCCAUGGAGGCUUCUUCCAAGUGGAAAGCCCAGUCAAGCCAUCAGGUUCUGUUAGACGAUCAUGUCGAAUCAGUACAGUUUCUUCCCCCUGUGGUUCUAAGUUCAGCACUCCAGGCAGGCAGUGCAGAUCUAAUGCAGUCUCUCAUGCAUCCCCUCUUCCCUGUGUGUCUGCCACACCUUCACGAAGUCGUCACCCCGAUGUAUUGCCUGUUUCCACCCCUCUACGUUCUGCUGAGCCCCUGCCACAAUCUCCCAGAGCUCCUCAGUUCAGUCCUGACCACAACCAAACCACACAUGUUUCGCCAGACACAGAGCCCUGCUCCAACAGCCAACCUCAUUAUGAUUUAAGCUCCACCUGUACCUCACACACCCAACCAGAUAUCAGUAACGGACCAGAAGACAGUCCAGUAGACCAAUCUCAUUGCUUACCCAGCCAGUCCGAGCACCUUGCUGAUUGUUCAGAACCUCAGCUUGAGGAAUGCGUGCCAGAGUAUAUGCUCAGUCCUUCCUCCCAAGAGGACCCACAAGAGGACAUGGUCUCUGAAGAGAGUUUGCCUGCCCCAACUGGAGCAGAUGCCACUCUAGAUACUCUUGCCCAGUGCUCAUCUCACACCUUUUCCACAGAAGCAGAACAAAAAGCCUGUGCACCUGCUUCCCCUAUCCUGAUGCUCUCCACACCAACCAAAGAUCUCAGCAUUUCUACAGAUCUCAGUAAUGAGGUCAUUUCAACCUUUAAUGGCUCUCCAACCAGUACAAAUGUUGAAAUGACUGGAAAUCAAGAAGAUGAGGGUGCUACUGAUUUGGACUUUGAGCGUUACCUGCAGCCAACAGCGAGAUACAGCAUGUCUCCGGGUCUUGCAGCAGAGAGGUUCUCCCUUGGAGUGGUGGAUGCUGAGAUGGAGAGUCCUGUGACUCCGGCAGAGGAGCGUCCUGUUGAUGUCUUGGCAACACCUACAGCUCUUCCCAGAUUGGUGUUCACACCCCGGACCAGUCAGAUGUCGGACAGUCUGCUGCUGUUCACCCCAGAGCAGAAGGAGAGAGUGAGACAGUCAGUGUGUGAACGUGACCUGAUCACAUUCACACCUCCCACAAACAAAUAAAAGCACAUCCACUCACUCUUUAAAUCUGGAUAGUUUUAUUUUAUUUUUUGCUUUGUUAAACUAGAUACCUUUGAUACUUGUUUAUCUGUUUGCUACUCACUUUUUGUACUUUAUAAUGAGCACAUUUACAUACAGCAAUAAUAUUUCUAUGCAGUUUUGACUUCAGAAAAUAUUGUUUUUUAUGGCUUUUAAAUGUCAAAAUUGUUGUGAAUGCCGAUUAAAAUCAUAAGAACAAAAA